GGGGAUAUGGGAUGUGAAUGUGUACUAGUGAAUGUUAUUGUCACAAGCCCACAGUAGAGUGUUUCCCAUCAUUAUCUCCUGGACUACCGCCCGAGUGCCACACACACACACACACGCACGCUUACUCUCUUUCUCCCUCGGGCAUUGAUUUAGUGACUUUUAUAUCUCUCGGAGUGAGUGAGUGACCAGGGCAACGUGUAAUGCUGGUGGCUCAGCUAAAAUAGAACGUGAUUACAAUAUAAAGUUUGUAUCACCACUCCGGGAUUAGUCUUGACUUUGUCGGAGUGGGGAGACACCCACCCAAACCCGUGUCGCCUCUUCAACUAGGGGACGGACUCGUUUACGAUCUCGUCUUGGGCUCAAGUGACCCAGUGCCCGCCGAGACCUCGAGACUACGCCUCCAACACGUGUCCUCGUCGAGAUUUGCCACGGCGACAUGAACAAAAACAAAGAUGAUCGUGAUGGCGGUCGACCUGAGCUACAGCCCGGGGUGGAUUACAUUAAUGCCAAUCAGGAUGAACAGGCGGAGAUCUAUGGGUAUCGACGGUCUGGGAUGAAGACGGGUGUCACCUGGUUCUUCAUAGUUUUGUCAGCUGGACUACUGCGUCUGGUUUUCCACUGGGUACCUGAGUUGAUGUUGAAGGCCACCCACUGCCGCUGUUCCCUGGCUGAAGCUUCCAAAGUUCUUGUUGUUGAGUACUUCAAAAAGUACAAGAGGAAUUUUGUCAAGAGCAUCCAUGAAAUUCACGCUCACAGUGUCUGCUUAUUCCCCAGAGCCACAGGUUAUACAGUGUGGGUGUGUCUUCAGGAUCUCCUCUAUUUCUUGGUUGAUGCCAGUUAUGAGAGACAGUACAGUGUGUUGCGCAGUGGCAUGAACAAUACUGGUGAAGGGGGUCAGCCUCUGGACGACCUCAACAUACCCGCCACCUUGGCAGCGCCCGCCCCAAAUGGAACCAUAAAAGAGGUGGACAGCGUACGUGUGUUUUCGUGCAAAAAAAUCCUUUACCUGUGGGACUUAGACACUGAGUCUUUCUACAGACUAGCAGGAUUGGAUGCUGGGCAAUCGGCAGAAGACCUUCAUCACUAUCGAGGACUGCACUGGAUUGAACAAGCUCGGAGGCGACUCAUCUUUGGGGACAACACCAUCAAGGUUCCAGUUACACCAAUAAACCAGCUGCUGUUCCUUGAGGCACUGAAUCCAUUCUAUAUUUUCCAGCUGUUCUCUGUGUGUCUGUGGUACUCAGAUGACUACAUGUGGUAUGCUACAGUUAUUGUGGUGACGUCUGUGGUAUCACUUAUAUCUGAGGUGUACCAAAUGCAUCGUAAUCAAAUGGUUCUGAGCAGCACAAUACAGUCGGCAGAUAAUGUGCAGGUGGUACGAGAUGCUGACCAGGUGGAGACUAUCCCUUCAGAUCAUCUUGUUCCUGGUGAUGUGGUGGUGAUUCCACCUCAAGGAUGCAUGAUGCAGUGUGAUGCAGUUCUACUACAGGGAAACUGCAUUGUUAAUGAGUCUAUGCUAACAGGAGAGUCUGUUCCAGUGACUAAAACAUCUAUUGUUGAUCGCUCAGAUGUUGUAUACAAUGAAAAGGAGCACAGCCGCCACACCCUAUUCUGUGGGACUCAAGUGAUUCAGACACGGUUUUACGGAGGAGAGCGUGUCGUGGCGGUUGUGGUGCGUACCGGCUUCCUCACCAGCAAGGGGUCGUUGGUCCGCUCCAUCAUGUACCCUCCGCCUGUGGACUUUAAAUUCCAACAAGACUCUUAUAAAUUUGUUGGAGUUCUUGCUGGCAUUGCAUCAGUCGGCUUCAUCUACACAGUAAUAACCAAGUAUAUACGAGGGCUGACAGCUUCUGUAAUAGCUCUGGACUCACUGGAUCUGAUCACCAUCGUCAUCCCCCCAGCACUGCCCAUGGCCAUGACGGUUGGAAUCUUGUAUGCUCUCCAGAGGCUGAAGAAACACAAAAUUUUCUGCAUAUCACCUCGCUCCAUCAACAUAUCAGGAGUUCUCAACUGCAUAUGUUUUGAUAAGACUGGCACACUGACUGAGGAUGGGCUGGACAUGAAAGGAGUGGUUGCUGUGUCUCAGUCACUGAGUAAACAACUGGAGCUGAGCAUGAUAAUGUCACCAUCCAAUCUUCCUCACGACCAUCUGCUCUACGCUAUGGCCACGUGUCACUCCGUCACCAUUAUUAACGGAGAGCAGGUGGGAGAUCCUUUAGAUUUAAUAAUGCUUAAGAGUACUUGCUGGGACCUGGAUGAACCAGGCCUGGAUGAUACUAACAAGUAUGACAUGAUGAUGCCGUCUGUUGUACGACCGAGUGCCCCUGACAUUGUUGUCAGCAACGAGAAUGUAGAGAAUGAGCCACCAUUAGAGUUGGGAAUCCUGCGUCAGUUUCCAUUCUCGUCCACCCUACAGCGCAUGUCAGUCAUUACUCGCCAACUUGGGGCUCCAAACUUUGAACUCUAUUGUAAAGGUUCUCCUGAAAUGAUAGCAAGUUUGUCACGACCAGAGACAGUACCAGUUAACUUUUCUGAACAGCUGCUACAGUAUACUUAUCAAGGGUAUCGUGUACUUGCUCUGGGAUGGCGUCCUCUCAAGAUUUCGUAUAUCAAGGCCCAGCGCAUCAACCGUGAUGAAGUGGAAUGCGACCUAGAAUUCCUUGGCUUGUUGGUGAUGGAGAACAGACUCAAGAAGGAAUCAACACCAAUUAUUCGUCAGCUUCAUAAGGCGAACAUCAGAACUAUAAUGGUCACUGGGGAUAACCUGCUGACUGCCUUGAGUGUUGGCCGUGAGUGUGGUCUGGUUGGUCCCCAGCAGCAGGUUAUUAGCAUCAAAGCUCUUCCUCCACACCAGGGCCUCCGUCCCCGUCUCACAUUCCAUGCCACCACAGCAAACACCCCAGCCUCUCCAGUGGUGAUAACACAAGUGGAUGCUGGUGUUGGCAUCAACUUGGAAGAUGAUACGAAUGACUCAUACUGUUUUGCAAUGGAAGGCAAGUCGUGGGGAGUGGUGCACGAGUACUUUCCAGAUAUGCUACAGAAGUUAGUAGUUCGUGGAGCCAUUUUUGCUCGCAUGAGUCCGGACCAAAAACAACAACUUGUACUGGAACUUCAGGCUCUUGGAUACUAUGUUGGAAUGUGUGGUGAUGGAGCUAAUGACUGUGGUGCCCUCAAAGCUGCCCAUGCUGGAAUCUCCCUCUCUGAGACUGAGGCAUCCGUAGCCUCUCCCUUUACAUCUGCCCAUGCUAAUGUUUCCUGUGUGCCCAUUCUCAUCAGGGAAGGACGCUGUGCUCUUGUAACCAGUUUUGGUAUAUUUAAGUACAUGGCAGCUUAUUCUCUUACACAGUUUGUUAGUAUUAUGGUUCUCUAUUCUAUUGAUAGUAACCUUACUGACUUUCAGUUCCUAUGGAUUGAUCUCUUCCUCAUCACUGUGUUUGCAAUAUUUUUUGGCCGCACUGAGUCAUAUAAGGGGCUAUUAGCAUCUUAUUCACCCCCGGCUUCUCUCCUGUCAGUUGCACCCAUACUGUCAAUAUUAUUUCACUUGUUUUUGGUAAUUAUCUUUCAGACAUUUUGCUUCUUUUAUGUUCAGCAACAACCCUGGUAUGUACCUUUCAAUGCCUCAACAGCAGACGAAAUAUAUGCUGGCCAUGAAAAUUAUGCUGUCUUCUCGGUGUCUCAAUUUCAGUACAUCAUUCUUGCACUUGUGUUUUCUCGUGGUCCGCCUUUCCGUCAGUAUGUCUACUCCAACUACUUGUUGUCUGGUUCCAUUCUGGUGAUGACUGUCUGUAGUAUUGUUCUGACAAUGUCUCCUCCUCAGUUCAUCAUUGAUUCAUUUGAGUUAGUGUUACCACCUGCAGGAGAUCCACAAGCAGAUUUCUUUAGAUGGCAGAUGAUCUUAAUUUCAGUUGUAUAUUCUGCACUGGCUUUCUUCGUUGAGUAUUUCAUCAUUGACUAUCUGUGCUACCGGAAAUGCAAAAGUAAGCUCCACAAUGUAGACAAGUCCAAGAAAAAAUAUCUAGCAAUUGAGCGAGAUUUGAGAGAGGACAAGACAUGGCCACCUUUGUCACCCUCUGAUGCUGAUCUGUCUGGAGGAGAGAAAAAAGAACUGAUGCUGGACGUACGAAAACUUGGUGAGACGGUGAAAAAGGCUGAAGUCAAUGGACAUGCCCCUGGAGCUGUCACAACAGUUACACAGUUUCAGUCAUCUUUAUGAGACAUACCAAAAACUUUAAAUUGGCUUUUAGGACCAUCUGUCCUGAGCAAUUUGUAUAUUAUUCCUCUAAGUCUUUGUAGUUAAAACUCAGGGAAUCCAUUGAAGUGUUUCACCAUGUGCUGGAGCUUUCUUAUUCUAUCAUGAUCACUAUUACUGUGAGACAGACUUUGUGGUGGUGCCAUCAGAUGGAUGUUAGAUAUAAAUAAUUUUGGUGUAUUCUUUUAGGGAGUAAACUGGUGGUGACAACCAUUUUCACUGGAGGGUUCUGCAGGGAUUGAAAUGUUUGGAAACAAUUUAAUGUUUUCCCAAGACUCAUAAAUGCUGUAUAUUGAGAACUUUAACAGUUUCAGGGGACUAGUAGAGAUGGCAGCUCAAUUUUAGCCAAGCAGAAUUAGGUUAUUUCUCCUUCAGUUAUGUGAAAAAAAUUAAGAUUCUCUCAGGCUUUGAGUCAGAGAGAAGGGAGGGGAAAAUUGUUUCUGUCCUUUUCCUUCAUUAAUUUAUCUUCAUGUUUGGAAUAUAUAGGAGGUAUUAUUUAUAUUGCUACUAAGCUAGAUUCAUGUGGAUUGUCAUUCAGACA